UGGUCCCGCGCCUGACGCGGAAAAGUGAGGCAUUUCCGGCCCAGCUGUUGCGGCCGAAGCCUAUGUUCAAAUGGCUCCCCGAGGGGCUGCGCUCUUGGUUGUUUCCAUCUUCCUCUUGCCGCCGGGAAGUGGAGCCUUCGCUCCCUCGGCCGCGGAAAAGACGCCAUCCCAGCUUUGUUGCAUACCCCACCCAAGUGACCUCCAGACAAAUUAAAAAAAGGGGUAUGAAAAGAACAGGGCACAGUACUACUGCUCAGUUAAAUAUUGACGACCCUGAUCAGGAGCAAACAAAACGACAAAAACUUGGAAUUUUCUGUGCGUUUACACAAGGAAUUGUCAGUCUAAUUAAGCUACCAUCCCAGCUGACGGCUAAGUAUUUUCUGACUGGAGAUCGGCAUGCAGAAGCUACAGAUGAGUUUUUUCCAAAUGCUUCUGAUACUUUGGAUGCUGAGCUAAUGGAACCUAUCUCUGGGAUGCAAAUGGUUGAACUGGAUAAAAAAACUGCUUAUGGUACCAGUGGGCAUCCCAAUGAAGAGAUGGCUCCUAAUGGUAGCAGAGUUAUGCCCGCUCUGAGGAAGGACUGCAGUACCAGAAAGGAUAGCAAGACAAAUAAUAAUUAUUUUUCAGAGGACUUGCUUCCUUGGGGAAAUGCAGUUCACAGACAUUUGUCGGAUACUCCUCCAGUGAGUACAAGAAGGCUUUUAAAAAAGCCUCACUACACAGUGGAAGAGGGAGUUCAAAGAGGUGAGAGAGAGAAAUACAAACAGCUACUUGAACAAGAAAAAGAAAAGAGCCCUAAAAAUGAUACCAGUACUAUUGUAGGAAAGCACUCAAAUGUCCAAGGACAUGCAAGUGGAUUGUUAAUGUCUGGUUGCUGUGUGGAGGUAGAUGUCCCACCAACUGUGACACCAAGGAAUGGUAUCAGAAGCUUUGAUUCAGUGUGCCCCAGAAGAGAUGUAAGCAGCCCAGUGAUCAUAGCCAAAAGAUCUUCAGAGCUUGAAAAACUCAUAGCACAGAGAAAAGAGCAUGGAAAGCAUCCCUCAGCGAAUGACCUAUCAGAGGAAGUGUUGCUUAGGUUAAACCUGAAUCAUGAAGGUUCUUCAUGUAGAAGGAGCUCCCAAGUUGACAUAGAAGAACAAAAAUAUCUGAAUUGGGAUAAGACUACGCAGUGCCUUCCUACCCUUACAGAGGAUAUGGAGAGAGAGAUAGAAAAUGUGCUGAGCUGUGGCCCAGAGGAUGAAGUUUUGAGUAGUGCCUUCAAUCUGAAGAUCACACGUGGAGAUAUUCAGACACUAAGAAAUCAGCACUGGCUUAAUGAUGUGAUCAUUAACUUCUACAUGAAUCUUCUCGUAGACCGUAAUAAAAGGCCAGGACUUCCAGCACUUUACGCUUUCAGUACUUUCUUCUAUCCGAAGCUAAAUUCUGAGGGCUACAGUGCAGUCAGUAAAUGGACCAAAGGAGUAGACUUGUUCCAGCAUGAUAUGAUCUUGGUACCCAUUCAUAUCCAGAUACAUUGGGGAUUAUUAGUUGUAGACAUGAGGAGAAAGACAAUCAAAUAUUUUGACUCAGCGGGACACAAUGGCUAUAAGAUCUGUAAGAGAUUGCUACAAUAUCUGUAUGAAGAAAGCAAAGCCAAGAGAAACCUAGACAUUAAUGUUUCAUCAUGGACGCUUUACAGUAUGAAACCAUAUGAAAUUCCUCAACAGUUAAAUAGCAGUGACUGUGGAAUAUUUGCUUGUAAAUAUGCAGACUUUAUCUCCAAGGAUAAACCGAUUACAUUUACUCAGCAUCACAUGCCUUAUUUCCGCAAUCGAAUGGUAUGGGAGAUACUUCAUCAACAGCUACUGUGACAUCAGGCCUCUGAUAGAGGUGCAUUUGCACGGUGCCCUUGAUUACAAAAGAAGUUCUGUCUCGGAAAACAAAGGCACUGGUCUGGCCUCUAUUUCAGGGAUGGGUGAUUGCUCCAAAGCUUAGCUGAAAAGCAAGUUCUGCAUCCAAGCUGAAAUUCCCUAAGGAAAUAAAGCAAUGGUUUAAGAAUGAAAUUUAAUGGGUUGAUGGUGCCAGUUUAGUGAGAGACUGGCUUUCACAUUCACUGUUGAGUAGCUUUUGAAUUACCUGAAUAGCAUAAAGAAGGCAGCAAUAUAUAUAUUGUCCUCUUCACAGGGACUACACACUACUGCAUAAAGAUAUUGGUUCCACUUAUUAUCUUUUAAAUUAUGUUUUGAAGAACUGGAAAUUUGCCAUAGUCCUGUGUGCCAUUUAUCUAUUUCCAUGUUGCUAAGCUGUCCAGCUUGGCAAAUUAGUGUUUGCCACACUUAACAUUAAUGUUAGCACUAAAUCUUAAGUUUGCCCAGUUUGGGCCCCAUGGCAAGUUUUGAUUAAGAGCACCCAGAAACAGAGAAUGGAAUUGAUGUGCAAGGGAGUGUACAAGCCCAUGACAUGUUUCCAGUCCUCCAGAUGAAGUGAUUAUCUGUCAUUGGGAGGCAGAUUUGUUCAUUUGUUUUAAAACUUAGAUUGAUAGUGAUUUUGGGAUGAUAGAAACUUUGAUUUGUAACAAAUCCAUAGAGGAAGCCCUAAAAUGAGGGCCAGUGUUUAUUUUAAAAUGUAUAUAUUGUAUGAGUUUAUUUAUUUGUAUUCCUGUAUUUAAAUGCAAAUGUGUUAAAAAGGUCUUUCAUAAACUGAAAAUGGAAAUAAUA